AUGUCCGCCGAUGACGUCAUCAGAGCCCGCGUGACCGCGCUCAGAUCAGUGACACUGAAAUCAGAAGUGUGUGUGUGUGUGUGUGUGUGUGUGUGUGUGUGUGUGUGUGUUUUGUAUGCAGGCACAGAGAAAGCUCGGUCCAUCACUCAGACUUUGCUGGACGUCCCGUACGGUGAUGGUGACGGAGAGAAGCUGGACGUUUAUGUUCCCAGCAGCUCUAGUCCAGACGUGCCGCUGCUCAUUUACUUUCACGGAGGAUACUGGCAGUUCCUCAGUAAGGACGAGUCGGGGUUUCUAGCCGUGCCAUUGGUCCAGAGGGGCGUGGUGGUGGUCGCCGUGGGUUACAGCAUCGCUCCCAAAGGGGAUAUGGAUCUGAUGGUGUCACAGGUGCGCAGGAGCCUGGUGUCUGUCAUUCAGCAGUAUUCACACAUCAGUGGUCUUUAUCUGUGCGGUCAUUCGGCAGGAGCUCAUCUGGCCGCGAUGGUUCUGUCCACCGACUGGACACAGUACAACAUAUCACCACAAAUCAAAGGUGCGUUUCUCGUCAGCGGCGUUUACGACCUGCAGCCCAUUCUGUCCACCUACGUGAACGAGCCGCUGAAGAUGACCGAGGAAGUGGCGAUUAGGAACAGCCCCAGUCACUUCCUGCCGCAGCUCACGCGCUCGUCCGCUUCCUGUGACAUCGUCGUCGCCGUCGCGCAGAACGACUCGCCCGAGUUUCGCAAGCAAUCGGAGGAAUAUUUCAAAGCUUUGGAAUCUGCCGGUCUUAAAGUCUCUUUUGAAGACGUUCCCAACACGGAUCACUUCAACAUUAUAGAGCAACUCGUCGAUGAAAAUUACCAUCUGACUAAGCUCCUUCUAAAGAUGAUGGGGAAAAGUUGACGAUCGCCAGAUUACCCAGAAUGCACUGCGCUGGAACAGACCUGUGAGUUGAGCU